AUGCAGAGACAUCGCAGGCAAAGAGGCGCUUCAUGCAUUUCUCCAUUAGAGAGCCGGAGUCCGGACGGCGUGAGGAAAGGCGACCUCCUCACUCCCUCAGACCUCCUCACUCCCUCAGACCUCCUCACUCCCUCAGACCUCCUCACUCCUUCAGACCUCCUCACUCCCUCAGACCUUCUCAGUCCCUCAGACCUCCUCACUCCCUCAGACCUCCUCAUUCCCUCAGACCUCCUCAGUCCCUCAGACCUCCUCAGUCCCUCAGACCUCCUCAGUCCCUCAGACCUCCUCACUCCCUCAGACCCACAGACUCAGACCUUAUGA